AUGCAAGAGUUCAUAUCCUUCCUUGACACCAAGAGUGAACAGAGCGCUGUCCACGAGUGCAUAUACAGCCCUGAUCUGGACGAGAAGAAAGCGGGUAUCUUUUUAAUAGUGUGCCUGGCGGAGACAUCCAUAGAUGGAGAAUCGAACAGGGUUGUCCGCUUUGCGAACUUUCUGCUCAAGGUCCUCACUAUGCCGAAUAUGGAUGAAGCUGGCAUGGAAUUGGCUACCAGAGCUCUUGCCUUCCUGAUUCAGACCUCCAAAUCUUAUGCUGCGGAAUUGGUGGAGAAAUGCCUUGAUCAGUGCUUAGAAUGGCUUGAGGAACCCACAAGAAAUGAGCAACGACGUUUGGCUUCUGUGCUGUUGGCACGAGAACUUGCGAUGUUCACUUCCACGUCGUUUUUCCUUCGGGCUAAUGUGUUCUUCAAAAGCAUUUUCACCGUGAUUAGAGAUCCAAAGCCGCAAGUUCGAGUCGCGUCCAUAAAUGCGCUCCAUGCAGCUCUUACUAUCACUUCUCAACGGGAGGCAAAGCUCAAAACGGAAUGGUACACGGUGAGCACAUAUAAUUGUGACUUUCGCGGUCGCUUAUAAGA